AUGGCCGCCGUCAGCUACGUCUCCUUAUUAAUAAUAAUUGUAAUUUUUUUUUUUAUAACUGGAACUACACCUGGACGAUUUUGUGAUGUUCGAAAGAAGAGAAAUGUCUCGUCUUUAGUACACGAAGGCUACAUUCACAACGAAGAUCUGAAAUGUUUACUCCGAUCUCUCGUGUAUCAACAUCGCAACAUCGCUCGACUACACAGAAUUGGCAGAUCGGUGUACAACCGGGAAUUGCUCGCCAUUCAAAUUACUGACAAUCCACGGGUAAGGAAGCCGGGGAAACCGAUGUUUAAAUAUGUCGGAAACAUGCACGGAAAUGAAGCAGUGGGAAGACAAGUGUUGAUCUACCUCAUAGCUUAUUUACUCGAAAAUUAUGGUCGAAAUGAUCGAGUCACUAAGUUGGUUAACAACACUGAUAUAUUCAUUAUGCCUUCAAUGAACCCGGAUGGCUUUGAAAGAGCAAUAGAAGGUCUUUGUCUUGGAGAAAUCGGACGUCCUAAUCGUAACUAUGUCGAUUUAAAUCGUAAUUUUCCAGAUCAGUUCAAUAGUUGGAACGACUACACUGUCGGAUCGGCGCAACCGGAAACCAAAGCCAUGUUGAAGUGGAUUAUUGAAACUCCUUUUGUAUUGUCGGCGAAUUUACACGGUGGAUCCCUUGUAGCAAGUUAUCCAUUUGAUAGCAAUAAAGAACACAGAAAGACAGGUGGAUAUAGUGCAUCACCGGAUGAUGAUCUUUUUAGGCAUCUAGCAAGCAUAUAUGCCUUAAAACAUACUACGAUGGGUAAAAUGGGGAAAAAAGACUGUACCCGCGGCCAAUUUCCAGGAGGUAUCACGAACGGUGCCAACUGGUAUGAUGUCCCAGGGGGCAUGCAAGACGUCAACUACCUGAUAAGCAACUGCUUUGAAAUCACACUUGAGUUAUCCUGUUGCAAAUACCCAUUCAAAAGGCAUUUGCCAAGAGAGUGGAAUAACAACCGUGAGGCAUUGUUGGCCUACAUGGAGCAAGUGCAUACAGGUAUUAAAGGGUUUGUAAAGGAUCAACUGGGAGUUGCUAUUCAAAAUGCAGUGGUUCAUGUGCAUGGGAUAGACCACAAUGUGACAACAGUAUUACAUGGCGACUUCUGGCGUCUUUUGUUGCCAGGGGUAUACACUGUCAGUGUUUGUGCUUCAGGCCACAGUUGCCAAACACUAAGUAAUGUUAGUGUGAGCUCUGAGGAAGCUACAUCUUUAGAAUUUGUGUUAGAGAGGAAUGAAAAUCAGAGAGGUACCACUUUGCGUCAUAUACCAUGGUUCACAGAACAAUUCUUCAGAACCAGGAGAGAUCUGUCUUCUGGCUUUCAACCUUCUCAGCGUAAUGUUGAGGUUUCUUUCACAAGUAUCAGCCUUACUAGUGAAGAUUAUACACAAGUUAUAAAUGACUGGGAGAAACCAAGAAUAUUUAAAAACCAUAAUUUUCAUGACAUGACAGCAUUUCUACAGACAAUAGAAAAGUUGUAUCCAAAUAUUACCAAGCUCUACUCAGUUGGAAAAUCAGUUCAAGGAAGAGAGUUAUGGGUGAUUGAAAUUACUGACAACCCAGGAAUUCAUGAACCAGGAGAGCCAGAGUUCAAGUAUGUUGGAAACAUGCAUGGCGACGAAGUUGUUGGAAGAGAAACCCUUUUACUUUUAGUUCAAGCUCUUUGUGAGAACUAUGGCAAAGUUCCUGCAAUAACCGCACUUAUAGAAUACACUCGAAUCCAUAUUAUGCCAUCAAUGAACCCUGAUGGCUAUGAGCGAGGUGUUCGUGAAAAUGCCAGAAAUGUUGACCUAAACAGAAACUUUCCAGACCAGUUUAUGCCAAAUAUGAAUAGGAUUCACCAGCCAGAAACUUCUGCUGUCAUGAAAUGGAUAACUUCAAUGCCAUUUGUGCUGUCAGCAAAUCUUCAUGGGGGCUCCAUUGUAGCAAACUAUCCAUAUGAUGAUACACCCCCUGGACAAAAAGGAGGAUACAGCAGGAGCCCAGAUGAUGCUGUUUUCCGACAGUUAGCUUUGUCAUACUCCAAGGCUCACCCUACUAUGGGAGGAGGACGGCCCUGUUCUGAUUACCCCGAUGAAUAUUUCAAAGAUGGUAUUACCAAUGGAGCAGAAUGGUACAUUGUCAGGGGUGGCAUGCAAGACUACAACUAUGUGCACUCAAACUGCUUUGAACUUACCAUAGAGAUGAGUUGUGUGAAGUUUCCUCCUGAGUCCAAACUCAAAUCUUAUUGGGAUGCCCAUAAAGUGUCUCUUUUGACUUUCAUGUCUCAGGUUCACACUGGUGUGAAAGGCUUCAUUAGAAAUGAGCAAGGGAUUGGAAUUUCCCAUGCCACUAUUUCUCUCUCUGGAAUAAGACAUAACAUCAGUUCUGCUAAGGAUGGUGACUACUGGAGACUCCUUGUUCCAGGGAGCUACUUCAUCACUGCUUCUGCUGCAGGUUACAUUUCUUCUACCCAAAGUGUUGUCAUUCCUCAUGGUCUGGCAACAGAACUAAAUUUUGUACUGAGACAAGUUGAACAGCCUACAAUUGCCACAGAGAAGGUAUCCUUCCAAAGUUCCACCACCCAGAAACUUUAUCCAGUGGAAACAAAUGCAACCCCUCAAGAAACAGCUUUCUCCCAACAAAACUCUGUACCUCUGCCCACUUCAAGUUUCGUUAAGUUGAGUCCUGUAGAAAUAAAAUCAACUGUUAAAGUUGUGGUCCCCUCUCCAUCAGUAGACUCUACAGUGCAUGACUCUCAACACAAUUACCAACAGCUGACAUCUUUUCUUAAAGAGCAAGCUAACAAGUGUUCAAGUGUAACCAAGCUGACAACUAUUGGAACUAGCCGUGAAGGAAGGACAAUUUAUUCGUUGGUAAUGACAGAGAAUUCUGGACAUGAAGAAGGUAAAGCUCAUGUUGGACUUGUUGGUAGUUUACAAGGAACUGACAUAACUGGGAAAGAGCUUCUUCUUAAAAUGAUAGAAUACCUUUGCAACACAUAUCAACAAAAGGAGGAUAGCAUCACUAAACUUCUUCAGACCACAGUACUUCAUGUUGUUCCAGCAGUGGAUCUUGAUGGAAAUGAAAAGGCAAAAGAGGGUGACUGCAGUGGAAUCAUGGAACCUAUAGAUGACUUAUCUAGGAGCUUUUAUUACAACCUAACUCAGAGUGGACAGAGUACACUGCCAAAGAAUAUUGAGGAGUUUCUUCAGUCAGCUGCUGACGAACCUCAGGAAGUUAAACAUUUAAAAGAGUGGAUGAACAAGAAUAACUUUGCACUUCUGGCUGACUUUAGUGGAGGUGAAAUGGUGGCGAGGUAUCCCUUGAGCGUCCAUGCCUCCCACAGUGGAUCUGAUAAAGGUUCUGUGACAUCAGAUGACAAGUUGUUUAAAGAGCUUGCUCUUAGCUAUUCCACGAAACAUACUACAAUGCAACUUGGAAGUGGUUGUAAUGAAUCUUCUGCUGGGUUUCCAAAUGGAAUAGUGAAUGGGGCACAAUGGAAAGAGGUUUAUUACACCAUGCAGGACUACGCCUACUUGACUCUGAAUAUUCCACAACUCUCGUUCUUCGUUUCCUGUUGCAAAUACCCACCACCUAAAGAACUAGAUAGUAUUUGGGAGACAAAUCGUCAAGCGCUGUUAGGGUUUUUAGAAAAAUCUCAUCAAGGAGUACAAGGUGUUAUUCACACGUUAGACCACCGUCCCAUAAACGACACUACAGUCACAAUAAAGAGCUCAAACGCAGACAUUGUCCUCAAACAAAAUGGUGCAAAAUUCUAUCGACUUCUUGCCAAGGGGAAGUAUAAGAUCACCGUGAAUGCACCGGGUUAUUCGAGUGUUACUAAAGAGGUGACCAUCAGUGAGGGGCUAUCAGCAAACGUCAUGUUCAAUUUGCACGAAAAACCGCGAUUUAGCCAUCAUAAAUAUGCCGCCAUGGAGAAGUUUCUUCGAAACAUAACGUCCAUGUAUCCAGGCAUCACAAGGCUGUACAGCAUCGGACAAACUGUUCACUUCCGCAACAUCUGGGUCAUGGAGAUCUCAAAUAACCCAGGGGUACACGAACCGGGGAAGCCAGAGUUUAGCUAUGUGGGUGGCGUCCAUGGGAACGAAGUAGUCGGUAAAGAGAUGUUGCUGCUGCUGAUUCAGCACCUGUGUUUGAGUUACGGUAAAGAUGACUUGGUCACGCGGCUGGUAAACAGCACAAGAAUACAUAUCUUACCUGCCCUAAACUCAGAUGGAUACGAGUUGGCCUCCGAAGGAGACUGUUCCUCUGACAAAGGAAAGAAUAACGCAAGAGACGUGGAUAUUAAUGCUAAUUUUCUAGGGUCUUCCGAGUCGUUGCAAAAGGUUUUGGAGCCUGAAACAAACGCCAUAAUAAAGUGGAGCAAGAAAUACCCGUUUGUUCUGUCUGCCAGUUUACGCGGAGGUUCACUUGUUGCAAACUAUCCUUUUGAUGCUCACCCUCAGGGUCGCUCACUCCCUAACCCCACCCCUGACGACGAUGUCUUCCGUUACUUAGCAACUGCGUAUGCCAACUCGCAUCCAUCGAUGCACUAUGGGAAGCCACUAUGCCCAGGCCCUUCUGUCGGGGAGGAGUUUCCCAAAGGAAUCACAAACGGAGCAGCUUGGAAGAGCAGGGAAGGUGGCAUGAAAGAUUACAUGUACCAAAAUUCCAACUGUCUUGAGAUCGGAAUACACAUGGGCUGCUGUAAAUUCCCCUACGCACAGGAGUUGGAGCAUCAUUGGAAGGAACACAAGGACCCACUGUUCUUUUUUGUGUUUCAGGUUCAUCGAGGUGUUAAGGGGUUUGUGUUUGACGACGCCGGCUCUCCCAUCUCUGACGCAGUAAUCUCAGUGAAAGGCCGUGAUCACGACGUCACAACUACCAAAGACGGCGACUUUUGGCGGAUUCUUACACCAGGGAAGUAUGAAGUUUCCGCUUCGGCCCCAGGGCGGCAAAAAGUGACGCUGGACGUCCAAGUUCAUCCAAAUGAGCCCGCGGCACAAGUAAAGUUUACCCUGCCUCGACAACAUUUGGUGUUUGGCAUGCCAGCGGCUGUUAUGGUGGGAAUAUGUGCCCUGGUGGUAGUAGUGUUUCUUCUCUUUGUGAUAGGACUAUGGCGAUUGGCGCGUUACAAAAAACAACUCACAGUGCGGAGAAAUGGAUAUAUGAUGGAUUACGAACAAGAGAGAUCGAUCAAUUCGUUCAAUUCUAAGGCAUUACUGAACAACGAAUAUUCGGAUGAUACAGAUGACGAUGAAGAGGACAUCAUUUUAGAAAACGUCAGACGAUAAUAAUGUAUUUUAAAUUAAUUACCACAUUAAUUGAAAACCACUAUUUUGUCUUAUGCAAGUGGCUUUAGUUUCAGCUGGAAGUGUCUCUGGGUUUUAGACACCUUUGAAUAUUCAGAUUUAUCUAUUUUUUGGACACUGUAAUCCGAGUAAUUCUAAGUGGACAAUUUGAUGUUGAGAUAAUUUCUAAUUGAGAAUUUGUUUGGUUGAAAUUAUUUAAAAAUUGAUACGUUCCUGUUACACCAGCAAAGAUUUCCUGUGAAAUCAUCAUUAGACUGUAAAAAGUGGAACCCCUUUUCUCCCAAGAUCUGAUUGUUAAUUCUCCCCUCUACCUGCAACACAUUUCCCUAUAAAUUAGUUACGAGAAUUUGGUGUUAGAUAGCAACUUUAAGCUGACAAGUUUGAUUAUUUCUCAUUAUUUGUUUGCUGGAUAAUGUAUGGAUAUUUUAAAGAGAAGAUAAAUGUUCCUCACUUCUGGGAGUUUACGGUUAAGAGUACUAAUGUUAAUAAUGCUGGACUACAGGAGCUUUACUAUGAUUUCGUUUUCUAUAUUUAUACUGGAUGGAAAACUGAACAAUAGUUUUGAUGAGAAUCAAAUAUGAUGUUCUUGUUUGUGUGUUGAAAAUAGGUAAACAAUUGAGGAAUGUGUGUUGUAUUUCAGAUGUAUUACAGGGAUUUAUACUUCAUUUUUGAAUUUUCCUGCUACAGUUGUUGGAAAACAAUUUUUUGUAAAAAAAAAAUAAUAAAGGAAUAGAAAAGUUA